AGCUGCCCCUCCGGCCAGGGCUGCGCAGAGCCAGUGUCUGAUCAGGAGGGAAUGGCUGGCUCAGCAAGGAGAGCGGGUCACACGGUGUCCCCGGAGUUCCUCAAGUGUGGCUGGAGCCCACAGCGACACCGGCUCAGCCGGGAGAGUGUGACCCACUUCCACAUCCUCUCCCGCGCGGAGAGCGGGCGGGAGGCUGUGGAGACCAGCUCCAGUUAAGGUUUUGUUCAGGUUGGGUGUCUCCUGAGUAUCCAGCCCGCAUGGUUCCUGCUGCUGGAAUCCUGUGGUCUGUGUCGCGGAGCUGAAUGACACCCCGAGACAGAUGGAGUCGCCACCUUGUCCUUCGCAGUCCUGGACCCUGCGAGCGGGGCUUCCUGGGGGGGGUCAGGGUCCCGCGGGGAUUCAGGUACCUCUCACAGUGUGGACCCCGCCCUGCUCUUCCUGUGAAGUCACCAGGUCUCCAAGGAGCUGGGUCAGCCUUGUCCUCCCUGCCCAGCCGUGGCCUCUCAGCUCCCACCCCAGGCCACCCGGCUCCUGCAGACCCAUCCUGACCAGAGUCUUUGCAGAAUGUUCUUUUACGACAGGAACAUGAACUAAAACCUGCUCUGGGCCCCAUCGAUUUCUCCUGCCCUCUCCAGGGCCACGCCUGCCUAUUUCUCCCUGACCACAGCCUGCCCCGUCACAGUCCAGCACCUGUUUGUCUGAACUUCAUUUCCAGGAGCAGGGGUCCCCAGAGCUGUCCAGGGGAUGAACCGCGAGGGGGCUCCCGGGAAGAGUCCGGAGGAGAUGUACAUCCAGCAGAAGGUCCGGGUGCUGCUCAUGCUGAGGAAGAUGGGCUCGAACCUGACGGCCAGCGAGGAGGAGUUCCUGCGCACCUACGCGGGCGUGGUCAGCAGCCAGCUCAGCCAGCUGCCUCCGCACUCCAUCGACCAGGGUGCAGAGGACGUGGUGAUGGCGUUUUCCAGGUCGGAGACGGAGGACCGGAGGCAGUAGCGGCGAACCCCUUGGCACACCCUGGACGCUGGCAAGGGCCACGAGAUCUGCGUGGACCCCACCCGCCGAGCGGCAGCAGCUCCCCUUGCCCCGCCUCCCCUCCCCCCCACCCCUCACCUUUCCACCCCCCGCGGCCUCUCGGAGGGGCUGGCACCGAGGGGCACCGUGGCGCGGUCGCAGCGGGCUUGGAGGGAUGGACUCACGAUUGGCUGCAGGAAGAAACCUUUUUAUUUUUAAAUCUUGACCAAUGGAAACCUUUUAUUUUUAUUUCUGACUUUUUUUUUUUUUUUUUAAUUUGCGCCUCGGAACGUGGCUUCCCAGGAAGCUGCCCGAGCUCUGGUGCUUCAUUUAGGUCACUUUUUAGGGAUGUGAAGAGGCCCGGCUGGCCCCUGAAACUGGAAAAGGCUGCUGCUGGGCAGGCGAUGGGCACGGGUCUCGGACUGGCCGCAGGGGUGCUGGCAGCAACGGCUUCUCUCUCGCACGCUGAGCGCAGGGGCUGGGACGCCGGUUGUUACACUUGACUUGAAAAAAAGAGAGAAAAACCACGUGCGCUCUGCGGUGUUUAUUACACAGCCUGUCGCGGCCGCCCCGUGCUCUGUGCAUUUGAUUGGUUUUCAGUAGAGUGUGUUUGGGGUUCCGUGGGCUCCCCAACUCUGUUCCUUGCAGUCCCGCUCGACCCUGGGGCCCCCAGGAGGGCACAUUUGCUGUGAUGACUGCACCUGGCUCACGAGAGCCAGGGUACGUGUUGCCCCGAAUGCCAGCCUGGAGGUGACCGUGACGGGCCUCCCGCGGUGACCCCCACGGCCUCCCGCGGCCUGGCUGGGAUUGCUCCCGUGCCCUCCGCCCCUCCCGCUUGGCUGGGCCGAGCAGGGGGUGCUCGCGAGCAGCCUUCCCCUCCGUAUCCCACUUCCUGAGGCCUCCUGGGGCUCCUGUAAAGGUCAGGAGCUGCUCCCAGCUGUGGGACCCCACAGUGUAGCGGAGGCCUCUGCCCGGGAGGCCGGAACCCACUCAGAGGCCCCAGCUUGGCCCCAGAGGCAUUUGUGUCCACACACCAGCCCCUGACCUCCAGGAGGGCCUGUGGUGUCCGCCCUGGGCAGCGGGUCCUGCCAGCCGGAGUCUCUGGCUCCAGGCCUGUGGCCCCGACCGCCUUCUGCAGGGUCUCUAUCCAGCUAGCCUGGGAGGGGCAGCGUCAUUGUUUACAAAGUGCCCCCAGGACGCCAGCUGGGCCUUGGUCCUCCUUCCAGGCCAGCCCCCAACCCUGGCCUCCAGCCUGACCCCCAGAAACACUCUGCAGAGCAGUGUUCUUGGAACCCCAGGUCUUCCCGCCUGCCCUCCCCUCCCUGCCUCUUGCAGGAACAGGACCUGAUGAGCCCGGGCGGAGGGGAACAGAUGAUCGAGGCUCCUUCUUCCUUCCUGCCCCGGCACCCAGGCCUGGAUAAGACUCUCAACCCAAUGUCCCCCUUCUCAGGCCUCGCGCCUAUGGCCAGCAUGGAGCUGGGCGCCACGGUCAGUGGACAGGCCCCCUCUGCUCUGAGCAUCAUCUGAGCCUUGCCCCAGACGGAGGACUUGAGGGUCCCAGCUGGGACACCCACAUUCUCUUCCACACACGCGCGGCCCCUGGCCCUGCCCAAGUCACCAUGAAUGAGCAGAGGCCAUUGAUCCCCAGGAGACCCGGCAGGCGCCUGAGAGCCUCUUCCUCCGGGAGGGGCUCUGCAUGUGCACACACACGCGCGCACACACGCACACCCUCACACUCACACACACUCCUCAGCCCACCCCUCCAGCCCCCAGGUGGAAGCACCUGUUACCAGGUGUGGAGGCUCGUGCUGCUCCGCCCCUCUCCUGCUACCUGGAGCUCUCACGGGAGUCCACGUCCCCGCAGAUCGUGUGUUCCCGCCCCAGCCCGACCUUGUCAAGGUCACAGCCCCCCUCUUGUAACCACAAAGGCUGGAUCUGUCUCCUCUUCUGAAGAAGAAAAGCGAAAGUGUUGCGGUGGCUUCAUAUUUCAACUAAAAAUAUACCUGUUAGAGAAGAAAUUAACAAUAAAGAUUUUUAA